UUCCUCCUCCUCCUCCCGCCACCCUUCCCCAUAGGCUGCUAGAGCGAGUCCGCUCACUCUGGCAGCCUGGAAUGUCUUUUCCAUUUCGAAUAAUCCCAGGAGCAACCGACCGGAACGAAGGACGGCGCUAGUCGCUCGGGAACUGGAUCGCUACAAGGUGGACAUCUUUGCAAUCAGCGAGACCAGUUUAUCCGAACAAGGUUAACUAGAGUUCGGUGCCGACUACACAUAUGCAUACAAAGGCCCCAACCGUAAAACUCCUAUUUCCUCUUUCAGUCAGACAGGCACCUUUGGCUGGCGGUGUUUCUUUGGGGGUCUUCACCAGAUCGUUGCAACGCCUUCUUCUGGGCGGUCGCCACAAGGCAAAACGUCGAGAUGCAGGCGUCGCCUUUGCUAUUCGGAAUGAUAUUUUGGGGAGGAGGACUGUCCUGUCUGCCACGGGACAUAAACGAUUACAUUAGAAGCCUCCAUCUGCCUCUUCGGGGAGUUAAAUUCGCCACCAUUAUCAACGUCUACUCUCCUUGAUGAACAGCCUUGACGCCGCAAGGGACAACUUCUACGAGAACCUGCACACCCUCCAGGCAUCUGUGUGCCGCGUGGCACAAACGAUCUCCUGAUGAGCCUCCUUCCGGCCUCUCCGGGGAGGCAAAUUCGCCACCAUCAUCAGCGUCUACGCUCUGCCGAUGGCUAGCCUUUACGCGGGAUGGGACAACAUCUAAGAGGAUUUGCACUCACUCCUGGCAACCGUGCCGAAGGCGGAUAAAACUGAUUGUUCUUGGUGACUUCAACGCCCGCGUCAGCACAGACCAUAGUGUCUGGAAAGGAGUGCUGGGUGCUGCUCCUUCUACGAACUUGCGUAGAACACCAACUCAUCCUGACAAACGCCUUCUUCCACCCGCCGUUGCGAAAGAAGGCCACCUGGAUGCAUCCCCGGUUGCGCCAGUGGCACCUGCUGGACGAUGUCCUUGUCCGGAGGCGAGACCAGCUGGAGGUGCUGGAGACAAAGGCGAUCUGCGAUACCGACGAGUGGACUGAUCAUCGCUCAUCCUCAGCGAGAUGAGGAUUCGCCUACUGCCACACAAGAGACAUCAGGGUAAGCGACUUCCGAGUAAGCUGAAUACGACUUUAUUGUCCUCUCCUGCGCACUUUCAUAGUUUCAGCGAUGAAUUAGCUCAACGGCUAGCCAACCUUCCAGUCGCUGCAGCCGCCGUGGAGAACCGAUGGUGUCAACUUCGGAACACAGUCUAGUCGACUGCCCACAUCGCCAGCAUCAGGAUGCUGCCAUCAGCAAACUGCUCGUCGAGACGAAUCGCCUGUACAAAGUUUACGUCGAUUGCCCUACUGAUGACAGCAAAACAGCUAUCUACCGUAGUAGCCGCCUUGUGCAACAGCGGCUCCGCGAGAUGCAGGAUACCUGGACAGCUCGCAUAGCCGAGGAGAUUCAAGGAUACGCGGACGUAACGAAUGGAAGAAUUUCUUCUCCGCGAUCAAAGCUGUCUACGGUCCGCCGACGAAAGGCACCGCUCCCCUCCUCAGCGCCGACGGCAGUCGCCUCCUAACUGAGCAGACACAGAUCCUACAGCGAUGGGUCGAGCACUUCCGAGGCGUCCCCAACCGCCCUUCCACCAUCUCCGCUGUUGCCAUCGCCUGUUUGUCGCAAGUGGAGACCAACGUAGACCUCGACCUCCAGUCCCCUCUUUACGAAACCAUCAGGGCCGUGCAGCAGCUAUCCAGUGGAAAAGCACCCAGAUCGGACGCUAGCUCUACUGAAGUCUACAAGCAUGGUGGGCCCCAACUCGUGAAUCAUUGA